AUGAAUGCCAUAUUUCAUGAUUUCAUUGGCUGUUUCAUGGAGAUCUAUGUCGAUGAUAUUGUGAUCAAGUUUCAGUCUUAUGAUGAACAUUUGGAACACUUGAGGAGGUCAUUUUUAACAAUGCAACAAUUUGACUUGAAAGUAAAACCCUUAAAGUGUGCCUUUGGAGUUUCCGCAGGCAAAUUCCUUGAAUUUUUGGUCCACAACAAAGGGAUUGAGGUUGACAAAAAUAAGGCCAAAGCAAUUAUGGAAGCAAAGCCUCCUACUACCAAGAAAGAGUUGCAGAAGCUCUUGGAAUCAUUCAACUUCUUGAGAACGUUCAUCUCAAACCUAGCUGGGAGUGUUCAGGUCUUUUCUCAACUCUUGAAACUGAAGGACCAUGACACUUUUGUUUGGGAGGCAAGCCAUCAGAAGGCCUUUUAUGAGAUCAAAGGCUAUUUAGCAACAGCUCCAGUCCUUAUGCCUUCUAUCAAGAACAAGCCUUUGAAGCUUUAUAUCUCAGCUGCUGAAGGCUCUAUUGGAGGCCUUUUAGCUCAAGACAACGCUCAAGGAAAUGAACAAAUAGUUUAUUAUUUGAGUAGGUUAUUGACUCCAUGUGAAAGGAAAUACACUCUUAUUGAAAAGAUUUGUCUUGCCUUGUACUUUUCAGUAAUAAAAUUGAGGCACUACAUUCUUCCAGUUUUGAUAGAACUAAGUGCGCUUGAAAUAUCACUCACUCCUUGGACACUGCUCUUUGAUGGAUCAAGGACUCAGGAAGUCCCAGGCUGUGGAAUAAUUAUUAUUUCUCCCAAAGGCCUGAGUACUGAAUUGUUCUUUCAAUUUGAUUUUCCAUGUACAAAUAAUCAAGCUGGAUAUGAAGCAGUUGUAAUAGGCCUUGCAAUCCUUAGGGAUAUAGAGGCCAGAGAAGUAAAGGUUAUUGGGGACUCAAACCUUGUAAUCAAUCACUUGGUAGGGACAUUCAAAUGCUAUAGUAAGGACUUAGCUCAUUAUUAUAUGGCAGCUGUGCAAUUAAUUCAAAAUUUUGAUAAUGUAACUGUCAAACACGUUUCAAGGAGUAUGAACACUGAGGCAAAUAGCUUGGCUCAGGCCUCAAUAGGCCUGAAGUUAUCACCAAAAAUGAUUCACAAAAUCAUCACAGUCCAAAAGAGAUUGUUACCUUCUAUUAGGAGAAGGGGUCUAGGACUAGAAGUGUUUAAUUCAAACUUUACGGGGGAAGAAUCAGAUGACGAGCCCGAGAAUGAUUGGCGCACACCUAUUAUUUCUUUCUUGAAGAGGCCUCAUCAUAGAACCUCUAGGAAAGUAAGAAGGAGAGCCAUAACUAUGUCCUCGUGGGAAAUGAAUUAUACAAGAAAAGCCCUGAAAAUGACUUACUUUUAA